AAUUGAUUGAUUGAUUGAAAAAAUUGUAGAAAAAAUUUAAAAUCAUAGAAAACUCCUACCACUUGUUCUUGUGGCUUUUUUGUUUUUAUAGACAUAACCUAUUUCAAUUUCAUGUUUUCUUCGAAUUUCAUUAUUGAAUUAUUCAAAAUGCCCAGAAAAAACAAAAAAAAUAUAAAAUUCAUAAGCAAUUAUGCUUUAUUUCGUAAAGUGGCAGACGACGCCCAAAAAAUAGUUGUUCUAACUGGAGCCGGAAUAUCUGCUGAAUCAGGUAUACCAGUAUUUCGAGGAUCUGUUGGUUUAUGGAGAACUUAUAAUGCGAAAACGCUAGCAACCCCAAAUGCCUUUGCGAAUUUUCCAUCUCUUGUAUGGCAGUUUUAUAGUUAUAGGAGGGAAGUAGCAUUCAAUGCCGAGCCUAACAAGGCGCAUUUGGCUUUAGCCAAAUAUGAGGAAAAAUGUAUUAGAGAAAAACGGAAAUUUUCCAUAAUUACCCAAAAUGUGGAUGGACUUCAUCACAAAGCUGGUUCCAAGAAGGUGAUUGAACUACAUGGUACACUCAGAAAAGUGAAAUGUACCAAAUGCAGCUAUGUUUAUGAAAAUUUGGAUGUACCUAUAUGUGAAGCCUUAAGAGGACUAGGAAGUUCUGAAAGUUUACAAAAAGAACUACCAAUCGUCAAGGUGGAAGACUUACCAAAAUGUAUCAAGUGUAAUUCUCUGUUGAGACCUUUCAUUGUCUGGUUUGGAGAAUAUCUUGAUCCUGAGAUUAUGGAAGAAUAUCUAUGUUUUAUAUACUUUCAGGGCGUUUGGUUGAAGAAAGCCAUCUCAUUAUUGUGAUUGGCACUUCUUUCAUGGCACACCCAAUAUUUGUUCAAACCAUCAAAGCAAAGUGUGUUCCAGUUGCAGAAUUCAACAUAAAUGAAUGUCGUACUUCAGAAGCAUUCAAGUAAGAGACUGUUUUCGUUUGUUGCAUGCUUCCAUGUCCUCCUAAUGGAAAUGUUCAAAUAAAAUUGCUCGAGUAGUGAUAAAAAAUCUGUCUUGUCUUUUAAAAAAUAUAGAAUUCCCCUCAAAGUGUGCAGACUGGGUAAAUGCUGAUUACUUGGACUGGUUACUACUAUUUUUCUUGGAAUUUUAGGUUUUACUUUCCUGGACCUUGUACUGCUACCCUACCAGAGGCAUUAGGGGUGGAGUUAUAAAAAUUGUGAUAUUUAAAAAUGUUUUGACUGACUUUGAUAUUUAAAAAUGUUUAGACUUAAAGCUAGUAUUCGUUUCUUUAUAUGUUAAGUUAUGUUUAUUAUAAAUUUUUGUAUUGAAUGUUCCUCUAGAUUUAAAUAAAUUUAUUUGAAUUGUA